GGGCGGUACUUGUUUUGGCGAAACUUCGCCGUUGAGCGUUGACAGCUGACGCCUGGCGCCUGGCAGCAGCAGCAGCAGCAGCAGCAGGGUCAAGGUGCUAGAUACCGUCUAGCGACCCGCACGGUCUGCGUUAACUGUCACGGUGAUGUUUUCUUGACAGCAAGGAAUGAAAAUCUUCAUGAAAGGAAAGGAACUGCAGUGUUCAGGUUUUUUUAGACAUUUUCUACCUUAAUGUGAAUGAUGAAAUGAUAUUAAUUCCAUUAUAGUUUAUGGACUUUUGAUGUUGGAAAAUUUAACUCAGUGAAAACAAGAUGCAGCUCUUAAGGAUUCAUUAUCAAAAAUUGUUUGUAUGUGUGUCAUUUGUGAUGUUAGUGUUGGUGUUUGUGAGGGUGUGGGAUGCCAGUGAUGGGUCUCGAGGGCCAAGGCAGACCUUGCCUGCCUCUCUAAAAAGCCCAGAAAAGAGUGCUGUCAGUGCAAGAGAAAACAGCAUCAACAUUGACUCCCCAGUGCUACCCCCCAUCAGGCAUAGAAGCCAUGACAGUAUUAAAACAAAUGUUUUUGCUGACUUAUUCCAAGAUAUAACUAAGGAAGAGACAUGUCCAUUAUGUUUUGGACAUGACCUGUGUGAAGACGUGUCUGCUGGUUUCCUGUCAUUGGCCACAGACACCCCUCAGACAUUGCACGGAGCAGCCAUAUAUAACGCCCAUUUAGGGGACAUGCAGAAACUCUCUGUGAAGAUUCCUACAGGCAAUGGAUUCUCUCUCCUUGAUGAUUCUGUGUGUGUCAAUGCCAGCUUAGGUACAGGCUGUAGCGUUGGCUCUGCUGCCCUUAAGUCCUUUUUAGCAAGAUCUCAGUCUUUGUCACCUCAACUUCUGCAUCAUCUGUUGCGCAUUGUUGGCACUCCACGCAAUCAAUAUCCGUUAUUAAUGUGUCCAAGCAAAAAAUUGUUGAGCAUCAUAGAGCAAUCAUUUGAUGAAAAUGAUGAUCGUAGCUUCAAUCAAGAUGAAAGAAUAAUGCUGUACACAACACUGGCCAUUGCUCCAGAAAUUGCAAUUUACAAGAUACUUACCAAAGCAAACCUUAAUGUGGGAUUCCCUCGGCUGGUGGGCGUGUGUGGACGAGCCCAGGUGCUGGAGGGUGAAUUAACACCAAUGGCUGCAAUGUUAGAUGAAUCCUUCAAUGUUCGAGCUUCACUUGCAGCCCAAAUUCUCACCAUGGUGGAUGACUUCAUGGAAGAUGAUCCAGAAUGGUAUUUGUUCUAUGGUUCGUGGUCUCUGGAUAAGAUGGCCAUCAACAAGGAGGGAGAAGUGGUGCUGACUGAUCUUAGUGACAUGGCUGUGGUUGACAAGAAUCUUUUUCGAGAUGAAUAUGAGGAUGGAACAGAGAGUCGCACACAAGAAGUCUGCAACAAAGAUUGUUUCCAGAAGUUCACUGGAGAGGUAUACAGGGAAGGUCAUGAUACAGAUGAGAUAUGUUCCCGUGUAGAAGAUGUAGGUCACUUGAUGUAUGCUGCUGUGUGUGCUAUGAUCCUUAGUGAUAUGAAACAACACAAAUAUGUGGAUUACUUCACUAGCACCUCCAGCCUCCAGCAGCAACCUCGUACCACCAAAGGAUUGCUCCACAACAUCCCAGCAUCUGAUAGAGCCACUGUGGAGGAACUAGUGGCUGAAUGUGUGGAUGAGACAGCACCAGGAGGGAGGCUACAGGCUGCCCAGGAACUUCGAGACUUCCUAUCAGACUUCUUGUUGGAUGAAGAAGAUGAUGACAAGGAUGAAGAAGGAGAGGAAGAGUUGGAUGGCAAGAAUGAGGAUGGAGAUGAUUAUGAUGAUGACUAUGACUAUGGAGAGGAAGAAGGCUAAGAGGCAAAAUGUGCAUGCAGCCUCUGAAGUAUGGAUGAGUACAAGAUGUUGCUUUUUCUAUAAUGUACUUCUUUAUAGCUCCAUAUGAUGUUAUAGUAAUAUGAUCUGCUAAUUUGAAAAGUAUAAGCAAGAAGGAAUCUCACUGUUGCGCUGGUAGCCAGGCUAUCGCACAUAAUCUGUGAUAAGGUAGUAGAAGCAAUGCUUAAGUCUACUUCAGUUGAUUUGCUCUCCAAUUAGGAAUUUUAUUCAUUAUCUUCCUUAUUGGAGAUCAUUUUAUUGUACUGUUUUAGCUCUUCAGGAAGUUUACUUUACAUGUGUUAUUUUUUCACUUUUUAUAAUGCAAACUUUUCUUUUCAAAUAUAAGGUUUAUCCAAGGAAGAAGCAGAAAAUCAAAUGAAGUCAUAUAAGAAAUGCAUUUAAAAAAUCUAAUAUUGCUUCUUUCAUAUUUCUGAAAUAAAAAGUUCAUAAAAGAGCAGUUCCAAACACAUCUUUUGACAUUCAAAAGUUGCUUUUAUUUGAUGAUUGGACCAAAACCUUCACCAGAAUAAGUAAACCACUUCUUUAUUGAUAUCAGUGACUCAAUCUGCCUUAAAUAAUGUAUACACUGUCAGUGCAGUGCAGCAGUUUACAUUGUGUGAUGCAGCACUCAAGCAAGUGAUCUUGUUGAAUUUUUUUAUUUAUUUGGUACAUCAAGUAAUUGUUUUAAUAUUAGAGACAGCUGAAUGUACACCAUAUAGAAAACUAUUUUUAUGAUUCAGCUAAUUUGGUACAACUGACAAUGAUAUCUAAAAUGUAGUGUGGAGCCUUUAAAAAUUUGGGUAGGACAAUUAAUCUAGUAAUGAUGUGUCAAACAGUUUUAUGUAAGAUGAUCACAUUUUUUCAUGCAGGUAUAGCAUUUAAUUCAUAGAUGUGAUUAAAUCAACAAAGCUAAAAAGCUAACACAGGAAAGGCUAAAGGAAAGCUAUCUUCUUCAUUAACUGAUACAUCUCAUACAUGAGUAGUAGCAAUCUCUCCAAGAUGCCCUGUAACUUUACUUUUUGCAACCACCAUCUAAAUGAAGUUAGUCUUCUGAAUGAGUGUACAGUUAUAUAUUGACUAUAUUGACACCUCUCUAAUCUUAUAAGAAAUGUAUUUUUAUCAUCAUGAGAUUUGAAAUUUGUGAUAGUAAACAAGCAUAUGCAUUGUCUGCUGGGAUGACAAUCAUGGCAUAAUGAAAUAGGAUUUUAUAUAAUGAAGCUAGAAACAAGAAAAAGAAAAGUCUGUAGCACAUUUUUUUGAGUUUUGCAACAGUAAUGCUUAAAAACAGUGAGAGAUUUUAUAAUAGAAGUAUGUACCUUCACAAAAUGACUAGAGGUAAUGAAUUUAUAGGAUGUUGAUAUUUUUAGAGAGAAAUGUGUAUUUAUAGUUUAUAUUGUAUAGAUGUAUACAUACUAUAUUUUUGCUUAUUAUUUAUAUUGAUGAGAAUUGGUGAAAUAAUGCAAAGAAUACCAUGACAUCAGCUUGUUUUUUUCUUGGUGGGGAAAGGGAAUGAAUUGUCCUUUCAAGAAAGACUGCAACACCAAUAUUAAAUUUGUCAGUCUUCAAACUGUGGCAUAGUGUAAUUGCUGCACCCAAGGAUGAACUCCAUCCCCUGUCUUGUAACAUAUUGAAAUGUCUUCAAAUGUGAGGUAAUGUAUAAUAGUAUAUAUACUUUUAUUGAUUUUAUAUCUUGUUUAUAUUUCAUGGGGUAUGAGUUUUUGAGACAAAAUUUCUUAAGAUGAGGUAUCCCUUGCAAAGAAAAUUUCUGCCAUAUAGUCAGAUUGAAUUCUUAGAAUACUGAUUUUUUAAUGAAGGAUCAUGCAACAAGCAUGAUGCAGGAGUUCAGUGGAGGAUGUACUUCAGGCCUUCACCAUCCCCCAAAAAAAACAUAGUUAUGAAAAUGAACAAGAUAUUUGGUAUGUUUGAUUUUUUAAGCCUAGUAAGUGUUUUUAUUUGUAAGAUCAUAUAUGCAUAGAAUAAAUACAGAAAUAGGAAUGGAAAGCAUUGUGGCAAUUUCUGGUGUAGCAUUUAAGGAAAAGUGGCAAUUGUUUAAACCUUGAGUAGAAUUUGGGAAUUGAUACUUUGUGAUCAUGAAAGUUCAGGUAUUAGAGUAUGCAAACAUCAAGCAUGGUGUAAGGAGCAUAGGCACUACCAUUGUAAGAAAUGGCCAAGUUAAUUAUUAGCAUGUUGAAUCUUUCUUUACAAAAUUAAAAGAAUUCUAUCUUUCAUACAUGAAAAAAGUUUCAUUAUAAUAUGAGUUGUAAAAUUCUUAUUCUAUUAUCUUUUGCUUUCUUAAAGCCUGUUUUAUAGUAUCUGUUUACCUAUUAUUUUAAUGGUUAACUUUUUUAUAGAAUAAGAAAAGAGAAUAUCAUGUGUUAUUGUGAAAACCGUAAGUGGUGGCACAGUUGAUACAUGUGAGAUGGUGGACGAGUGGCUCUAUAAAUGAGAACCGAAGUGACCAGAUGCUUGUGCAGCCACACCAGAAUGUUAUCCAUGAGUGAUUGAAGGAUUUCAGACAUUGAAUGUAAGAGGAAAGAGUGAUGGAAUAAUAUUCAAGUGAAAAAUCCUAAGACAGAUGUUUUUAACUUUUACUUUUGUUUCAAGAUUUGAUUUAUGUAUAAUAAUGUAUGUUUCUUUUCUCUUGUUGCAGAUUAAAACUUUAUGAUCUUAUUUCAUUGAAAAGGUAUGAUUAAAAGUAACAAUUUA